AUGAUUGCGUUUCCAGAGACAUUUAUCGAUGUUCUCGGAUGCAUCUACUACCCAUGGACCGACCAGAAUGCUACCUUACACAUUCUUGGACGUGAAAUGCCGCCGUGGAUACCGAUUUGGUUCGGCUACGGCUCGUUGAUGCAGAUCAACCUCCAGCUUUUGACCAACAAGACCUCGACGAGAACUUUGUGGUACUUUCUGGGCCUGAUGAUGGUCUCUGACCUCAUUGUGGAGGAAAUUCUUCUACCGAUGGGAGUUUAUCACUACUUCGGAAACCAGCCACUGGUUGUCAUCAAUAAGUUCCCUUGGUGGUGGAUGGCACCCAACUCGAUUGGCGUGUUUCUUGCCACGGCACUCGCCUAUCGCUACCGGUCUUACCUCGUUGGCUGGAAAGUUCUCGCCGUUCUCUUCCUGACCCCGAUGUCGGUCGGUGGUGUCUACGGCUUUAUCUGCUUCCCGGUCUGGGUUGCCAUUAACGGGGACUACGGCUGGCUCGUAACUCAACUGCUUGGACUUUUGACAAUGGCCCUGGGUUUUUUAACAUUUGCCAUCACUCUAGAGAUGGUGCUGGGAAAGAACCCAUUCGAUUUGGACUCGAAAGAUGGCUCAAGACGUCUGACCAGUACCUUGGACGCAUCGUCGGAUGACGCUUUCCAUGACGACGAUUACUGA